ACCAAAGCAUUAACUGAUUGACACUUUUUCACCUCACUCAAUUUGUUGCUGUCAAAUAUUGGUUCGCCGGGCGAGUGCUAAUAUUUAUGUGAUUUUAUAUUUUUUAGAUUUGCAUAUUGUAAUGCGAAAAUUUGUAAAUACGCGUUUGAAAUAAGCAAUACAGUGUUGAAAUAUUUCGCCAUAUAUAAUCAUAUAUUGAUUUGGUUACUGAAUAUCAAAGAUAAAACUUGUCGAGGCACGCGAAAUACGCGGCCCUGAAUUUGUUUAUAUGUACGAAACUACUGAUACCGUUUAAUCUUUUUAAGUGAUUCCACAAUAAAAACUCCGAUUUCAGAAAACAUGGAUUUAACAUCUCAAAUGCAAGAUUUGUCUAAAGAGAUGAUGGAGAUGCGUGCCGACAUACAACAAAUAAAAGGUUUUAUGGAGCGGCAGAAUGAGGUAAUAGAUGAGUUAAUGAAAGGACAUCAGGAAAUGAUGAAACGAUUGGUGAAACAAGAAGAAGAGGCGGAAGAAGAAAGGAACAUCCAAAGACCUGUUUUUCCACUGAUGACGCAGGAAGAUUUAGACAAUGCCGAAGCUUUUAUUGGAAUGGACGAACGAAAGAAAGAAGAAAUGACACGAUUUCUUAAGCCAUUAUUAAUGCCGAUUGGUCUCAAGCAAAAGCUUGUAUAUGUGCUAUCUGAAGAGAUUAUUUUGAGUUAUAACCUCGAGGGUACUCAUGGCAAAAAGCGCAUGCUGCUUUAUCCAAAACUUUUAAGCGUGUUAUACAGCGCCACUGAUCGACCCGGCUGGUCCUACAAACUGUUCUUAGAUGAUUUGCGACGAGGUUUUCAAUUUGGCAAGAAAAAACAUUUUAGAAAAAAGUGCGCCUCAAACAAAUUGAAUAAAACGACAAGAAAUCCACUGUCGAGCGGUCCUGAGGAUGACAACAUGGAUUCAGACUACUAGAACCAGUUGACUUAUAUGCAUAUGCUUGUAUUUGUAGGUUAUAUCUAAGCUUAGUUUAAGUUUGUACUUAACCCUCUAUAACGUAUGGUAGACCACAGGCAACAAACCGUUUCACCUUCCUAAAUUCUACUCGUAGUAAUUUUUUUCGUCUUGUCAAGCAAUGUAGAAUGUAGUCUACACUCCAUUCCUCUAAUCAAGCAUAAGCAAAACAAACUAAGUGCGGUUACUUUUUUCCAAUGAAGCUUUUUCUUCAGUGAAAGUCGGGCACUGGCCUCAAUGUGCGGAAAAAAAAUCCGAUGCAAGUUCCCGAAAUGUGCCGCGUUCACUCACACGGUGUGUGAAAAGUGCGGGUUAGCUUUAUGCUAUACCAGAAACAAUAAUUGUUUCAAGAACUUUCAUUUGUCCUGAAGGAUUUCCAUUUUACUCAUAAUUUUGCCCACUUUCUUUAUCACUGUUACUCAUUGUUUUUUUGUGUUAUAUGUGUUAUAAAUAAAAAGUAAAACAAAAAAAUAAUAAUUUCUGUAUAUUUUUCCCAUAAAACUAACCGAUUCCACUAAAAAUAGUUAAUUUGGAGGUUUUGAGUUAUAGAGGGUUAAGUAAAAAAUAAAAAUUAAUGUUGUAAUUUUUAUUGAAAAGUAGAAAUUUUAACAUAAUUACUGUAUGUAUAUAUAAAAAUAAAAAAAUUAUGUGACAAAUUUUAAUAUGACAUUAAAUAAAUUCCCUAACGGUCACUGCGUGUCGUAAUUUAAGGCGUAUUUUAAUCGUAAAUAUUUACCAAUAAAUGCUGUCU